AACUCACCACCAAUCCCCAGCCACCUACCACUUCGGUUUUUAGUGUAUAAAGUUGUAAGAAAAAAAAAAUGUGAAAAAGGCCGCACGGUUCCGUUGACGACGACGGCUCUCAAUGUCUGUUUUUUUAACUAAUCCUCGUCUCACCUACCCUCCUCCUCAUGCCCUCUCCACCCCUCGACCGUCACCAACCUCCGUCGCUAACCUCCGUCUCCCCGCCGCUGACUUCUCUCGCCGCUUCAAAUCUAAUUUCUUCUCCGCCGAAUUAUCUUCCCUGCGACGUCGAAGCAUGGAACCAAUCAAUGUCUAUGUGGCUUCAAGUACCACUGGAAUGGAGAUCGGAAGUCAAGAAACUGCGAAGAAUCCGAGCUUGAUCUGUGCUCCAGUGAUGGCGGAUUCAAUAGACAAGACGGUGAUUGAAACGUGCAAAGCUCAGGAAUUGGGUGCAGACUUGGUGGAAAUUAGAUUAGAUAGUCUAAAAGAGUUCAACCCUCUUGAGGAUCUGAAAACUAUUAUACAAAAGUCUCCUCUCCCCACUCUCUUCACCUACAGGCCAAAAUGGGAAGGUGGUCAAUAUGAAGGUGAUGAAAAUGAGAGGCUGGAUGUGCUCCGUUUGGCUAUGGAACUAGGAGCUGAUUACAUUGAUGUUGAGCUUCAGGUUGCAAGUGAGUUCAUCAAAUCGAUUGAAGGAAAGAAGCCUGAAAAUUUCAGAGUCAUUGUUUCAUCUCACAACUAUCAGAACACCCCUUCCGUUGAAGAUCUCAGUGACCUAGCCUUAAGAAUACAACAAGCUGGAGCCGACAUAGUGAAAAUCGCUACCACUGCUGUGGACAUCACAGAUGUUUCUCGCAUGUUCCAUAUAACCUCAAAUGCUCAAGUUCCCACAAUUGGACUUGUUAUGGGAGAAAGAGGUCUAAUGUCUCGGAUUCUUUGUUCAAAGUUUGGUGGAUAUUUAACCUUUGGAACCUUAGAAUCUGGGAAAGUCUCAGCACCUGGUCAACCAACGAUCAAGGAUCUGCUGGAUCUUUACAACUUUAGAAGAAUUGGUCCUGACACUAAGGUGUAUGGAAUCAUUGGCAAGCCUGUCAGCCACAGCAAAUCACCUAUUGUUCACAAUCAAGCUUUCAAGUCAGUUGAUUAUAAUGGAGUAUAUGUGCACCUCUUGGUUGAUGAUCUUGAGAGCUUUCUCAAAACAUACUCAUCCUUUGAUUUCGCUGGAUUCAGCUGUACAAUUCCUCACAAAGAAGCUGCAUUGAAAUGUUGUGAUGAGGUUGAUCCAUUGGCUAAGUCUAUAGGAGCUGUGAACACUAUACUAAGGAGACAAAGCGACGGCAAGUUGCUGGGUUACAACACGGAUUGUAUUGGUUCCAUUUCUGCUAUUGAGGAUGGCCUUCGAAGCUCAAGUGGUCCAAGCAGUGUACCUUCUUCUUCAUCUUCGCCAUUAGCUGGUAAAACAGUGGUGGUUAUUGGUGCUGGUGGAGCAGGCAAGGCCCUUGCUUAUGGUGCAAAAGAGAAGGGUGCCAAUGUUGUAAUUGCUAAUCGAACUUACGAGCGAGCACUAGAACUUGCAGAAGCAAUUGGAGGUAAAGCCUUAUCUCUCACGGAUUUAGAUAAUUUUCAUCCAGAAGAUGGCAUGGUAUUGGCUAACACUACCUCUAUGGGUAUGCAACCAAAUGUCGAUGAGACUCCCAUCUCCAAGCAUGCAUUGAAGCAUUAUGCACUGGUCUUUGAUGCGGUUUAUACACCAAGAAUCACACGACUGUUACGGGAAGCAGAAGAAUGCGGAGCAAUAACUGUGUCAGGCUCAGAGAUGUUUGUGAGGCAGGCCUACGAGCAGUUUGAGAUUUUCACCGGUUUGCCUGCUCCAAAGGAACUAUAUUGGCAAAUCAUGUCAAAGUACUGAGAGUCUGAGACCUCACACUUGUGUAUGUGUUUCUUACUAGCAUUUGUAUUCUCACUUAUGUGAGGACAUAGCUGAUUGAUGCUCUCUGUGUACUUAUAAAUAAACGAUAAAAGCUUGUUGAGUUUAUGGAAAGACAGAGUUUUGCAGAGUGCUUGUCAAA